CUGGCAGUCUCUUGGGAUUCUCGGAGGCAGGACGACCCAAGGCUUUUGAGGAAAGAAGUGGGAGCGUUCGAAGGAAGCAGAGCUGCUUCUGCACAUUUCAACGUGUUAGCAUAUCAGGAAGCUGGCGUAGGAAAUAGAAGGGCCUGCUGAAUUGAAUCUAUAUCAAACUUUCUGUAGAGGGAACUACAGAAGAAUGUCAGAUACAGAAGAGACCCCCCUAAAAGAAUCAAGUGGAGAAGUGGAAAAGGAGGAGGAAAAGGAAGAAGAAUAUAACCCAAGUUUUGAAGAAGACAAUCUUCAACAGAGCCUAACUGAAGGCACACUAUCAUGGGGGGAGUCUCAGGAGGAGUCUCAGGAGGAUGGAGAGGAACUGGAGAAGUGGAUGGAUAAGGAGGAACAGAUAGAGGGAGAGGAAGGGAGAGGGGAAGAAGAGGAAAUGAGGGGUGGAGAAGAGGAAAGGAGAGGAGAGGAAGAGGAAGCAAAAAGGGAGGAAGAGGAAGCAACAGGGGAGGAAGAGGAAGCAACAGGGGAGGAAGAGGAAGCAACAGGGGAGGAAGAGGAAGCAACAGGGGAGGAAGAGGAAGCAACAGGGGAGGAAGAGGAAGCAACAGGGGAGGAAGAGGAAGCAACAGGGGAGGAAAAGGAAAUGAGACGGGAAGAAGAGGAAGCAAGAGGGAAGGAAAAGGAAAUGAGAGGGGAGGAAGAGGAAGUAAGAGGGGAGGAAGAGAAAAUGAGAGGGGAGGAAUUGAAAGAGGAGGAAGAGGAAAUGAGAAAUGUAGAAGAAAGAUAUGAGAGAGGGGAGGAAGAGGAAAAGAGAUGGGGGGAAGAGGAGAGCGGUGAGGAGGAAAAAAGUGAGGAAAAAGAGGGAAGUAAAGAAGAGGGAGGUGAGGAAGAGGACAAGGAGACAGAAGAGGAGGAGUAUAAGUGGGAAAGGGAGGAGGGAAGAGAAGAGGAAGCGAAGAGUGGGGAGUGGGAGGAAGAGGAGGAAGGUGUUGUCUUAGAGAAAACUGAGAGAAAAGCUGGGAAAGCCCAGGAGGAAAAGAAAAAGAAGUAUAAAACAACAAUCCAGGUGGAUGAUAUUGUCAUUAGCUCCGAGUCUUCCAUCAAGUCAUCCUCCCACUCCCAGAGUCCUGAAGUAAGCGAGAUUUACAAAGAUAUCAGUAUGAAAACGGGUAUUUUCGAGGAAGCUGCCAUCAGGUCUCAAGAAGACAUUGGCCAGAAGCUCGAAGACAUUUCAGCCCAAGAAAAGGACGAAGUAAGAUUCGAACAACAUCUGGAAGGAAGACGAAAAUCAUUCCAGUUUAAAGAAGUGAGUAGCAAGGAAUCGCUGGUGUCCAUCUCCACAGAGGACACCUUAUUCCAGAAGGAGGAGGACUCCAAGGUGUACCCUUUGAGCAUGACCUGGUCCUUUGGAUGGAACAGUUCCCUCCCCGUCUACUACAUGCGCGAAGACAAGAGAGUCCUUCUGUACGUCUGCGGUCACACUGCUGUCAUCUACGAUGUCUUCAAGAACACCCAGUACCACCUUCAGGGCCACCCUAACAUCAUCUCUUGCCUCUGUGUUAGCGAGGACAGGCGAUGGAUUGCCACAGCAGACGAAGGACCAGACUGCCUCAUAAUUAUAUGGGAUGCCUUCACGGGGAUCCCCGUGCACACCAUAUUCGACAGCUGCCCAGAUGGCAAUGGCAUAAGGUCAAUCGCCAUCACCCGUGACUCCAAGUUUCUGGCCACCAUCUCAGAUGCUGAAACCCAGAAAGUUUGCAUCUGGAAGUGGACUUUGGCAGUGGAGACACCUGCAUGCACCCUUGAGCUUCCCAAAGAGUAUGGUUUCCAGGAAAACUUCAUCUUCAACCCAGCCAACAACAGAGAGUUGGUGAGUAACAGCAAGACGCAGGCCGUCUACUAUUACUGGUUUGAAGACAAGGGUAUACUUACUCACAGUGCCCCGCUUUUAACAGAGAAAACGUUCAACAAACUUGUGGGGAAAUUCAGCCAGUCUGUUUUUCACUUGAAGCUACCACAAAUACUGUCGGCAACAAAGGAAGGGAAACUGGUUGUCUGGGACAUACACUAUCCACCCUCCUCUUCUUCCUCCUCCUCCUCCUCCGUCUCGGCCUUCCCUUACAUCAAGCCUCGAAAACUGGUCCAUUUACAGAAGGAAGCCAUCACAGUGCUCACGACAAUCGACAGCUACAUCGUCACAGGCGACAUUAAAGGUAACAUUAAGUUCUACGAUCACACCCUCUCCAUUGUCAACUGGUACAGCAACUUCAAACUGAGUGCCAUAAGGACUCUGUCCUUUUCAAAGACCCUACCAAGUCCACCGACCGAGAAAUCCAACCUCCCCACAGACUGCACUUUAAGAGGUGACCUUUUCGUUGUCAGGAAUUUUAUCAUUGGGACGUUUGACGCCACCGUGUACCACAUGACAGUGGAUGGCACCAAACUUGAGAAGCUCUUUGUGGAGCCCAGGGAUGCAGUCCACGCCAUCUCCUGCCACCCGUACCAGCCCCUCAUCGCAGUCGGGAGUAUCUGCGGGAUGAUCAAAGUGUGGGACUUCGAGAGGAAGGUCUAUCUGUUCAGCAGGGCCUUUGAGAAGGGGCUUGGAGUCCAGUGUCUGACCUACAACCCUGAAGGAGCCCUGCUUGGAGCUGGCUUCACCGAGGGGACAGUUUAUAUUCUUGAUGCGAUGUCCUUAGAAAAUGAAAGCUCAGAGCCCUUCAAAUAUUCCAAAAGCAGCGUGUCUCAUGUCAGCUUCUCACACGACUCCAAUUACAUGGCGACGGCCGACGCCAAUUUCACUGUGGCUGUGUACGUAGUGGUGGUCAAAAAUGGACAAAGGGUCUGGGAAUAUUUGGCAAGACUUCGCUCUCACCGCAACAGCAUCCGAAGCCUCCUGUUCGGGGUUCACCUGGACAGCAACGAGCCCAGGCUGCUGAGCCUUGGUAAAGACAGAUUCUUGAUCGAGUACAAUCUUGUCAAGAGCUACAAAGACCACCUGGAUGUCCUGGACAUUCACCGAACAGACCAGGGCAACUACCCCACCUGCAUGAUCUGGUACCCGCCGCUCACCAAGGAGCUCUUUCUGCUCAUCUGCAACAGCGGCUACAAAGUGAAGCUCUUCAACGCCACCACGAAGAUGUGCAGGAAGACACUCCUUGGACCAGCGUAUGGGUCGCCUAUUGAGCAAGCACAGGUGCUCCCAGUAAAAUCCACGCUGGAGCUGCAGAAGCGUUACUUGGUGUUCAUUAACAAGGACAAGGUUGGACUCCAGAUCUUACCAGUUGACGGCAACCCACACAAAACAUGCGCUAUUGUUUGCCACCCGAACGGGGUGGCUGGACUGGCCCUUUCCCACGACGGCCACUUUGCCUUCACAGCGGGAGGCCAAGACCGCUCAGUGGUGCAGUGGAAAAUUAACUUAGCUGCCCUGGAGGCGGCCGUUUCUCUCGGGGGUGAAGACCUGACCCCGUUCUAUGGUCUGGUGUCUGGUGGCAGGGAAGGAAAAUUCUACAGGGAGCUGGAGGACUACUUUUACUACUCUCAGAUCCGCAGCCAAGGUAUCGAUACAAUGGAGACCAGGCAGGUGUCGGAACACAUCUGCCUGUCGGAGAUGCCUUUUGUCAUGAGAGCGAUUGGUUUUUACCCAUCGGAGGAGAAGAUUGAGGACAUGUUUAAUGAAAUCAAAUUCAGCGAAUACGUGGAGACUGGGAAGCUGAUCGACAAAAUCAACUUACCGGAUUUCCUCAAAGUUUAUCUUAACCACAGGCCGCCUUUCGGCAACACCAUGGAUGGCAUCCAGAAUAGCUUUGACGUGCUUGGUUUCACCAAUUCUGAAGGGAAAAAGGCUAUUCGGAGAGAGGAUUUCCUGAACUUGCUUCUCACUAAAGGUGAACACAUGACAGAAGAAGAGAUGUUUGACUGUUUUGCGACUCUGUUUGGCCUGACUCCUGAGGGGUGGAAAUCGGAGCCUGCAGCCACCUGCACCCAAGGUCUAGAAAUCUGCCUCCAAAAAGAACUUCCAGAGGAAAUCACUGCAGAAAUAUUCACGACUGAAAUUCUUGGCUUAACCCUUGCCAACAGCUCAGAAGAGCCCAAUCAGUAAUGUCAUUGGCAGUGUUGGCAGCACAAAGGCUUCGUGUGUGUGUGUGUGUGUGUGUGUGUGCUUGCACAUGUGUGUGC